AGCAGUUUAGUGACUCCAGAUAAGAGCCAGACUGGAUGGCCCUUUCCUGAAGGCACCUGGGCCUUCUCCAAACAAGGAGGAAGGAGGUCAGGGGGCUGUGGGAUGAUCGACUGCUCAACUGCUCAAAGGUCACUCUGCUGCUUGCAAACCUGGUCAGGAGAGGCUCACGCCACAGAGCUGCCAGAGGCUGGAACCCUGCUUUGCGUGGAAAUACCUGCUUUGGGGCCCGAUACCUCCCUUCCUGGUCAUUUGUUUCUCUGCCAAGAUGCCGGCCGAACCCCCUCAAGUCCAUCCAGUGGUGCAAAUGCUGAUUGACCUCACAGCCGGGGCAGCAGGUGGUGUGGCCUGCGUGGUGAGUGGCCAGCCCUUCGACACCAUCAAGGUGAAGAUGCAGACCUUCCCGGCCCUAUACCGGGGCUUCUUUGACUGUUCGGUGCAGACCUACCGCCAGGAGGGCAUGCAAGGCCUCUACCAGGGCACCACCCCAGCUCUGCUGGCCAACGUGGCUGAGAACGCGGUGCUCUUUGCCUGCUACGGCUUCUGCCAGGAGGCGGUCCGCAGGCUCUUCGGGCUCGGCAGCGUCCUGCAGCUCAGUGACCUGCACAGUGCCAUCGCCGGCUCCUUCUCCUCGGUCUUCUCCUCCAUGGUCCUCUGCCCCACAGAGCUGGUCAAGUGCCGGAUGCAGGCCCUCCAUGAGAUGAAGGCCGCCGGGCACACCGCCCUCUCCAGCCGCAGCUCCACCUGGGCAGUGGUCAAAACCAUCCUCCGCUCCGAGGGCCCCCUGGGCUUCUUCCAGGGCCUGACCAGCACUUGGCUGCGGGAGGUGCCCGGCUACUUCUUCUUCUUUGGUGGCUACGAGGUCAGCCGCAGCCUCUUCCUCCAGGCUGGACAGUCCAAGCAGGAGCUGGGCGCCCUCCCCGUCACUGUGAGUGGAGGGGUCGGAGGGGCCGCUUUCUGGCUGGCUGUCUACCCCAUUGACUCUGUGAAGUCGCGCAUCCAGGUGCUGUCCAUGGCCGGGCGGCAGGAUGGCUUCCUCCUCUCCUUCCUGCACAUCCUGCGGACAGAAGGUUUCAUGCCGCUCUACUGUGGACUGAUGCCCACAGUCAUCCGGGCCUUGCCCUCCAACGGAGCCCUCUUCCUGGCCUACGAAGUGACCCACAAAAAGUUGACCGGCCUGGCAGAGCGGGCCACUUGAGACCCAUGGAAAGGAGGGACUUGGGCCAUGAUGGAAAGGCCGAAAGAGACUUCCCUUCGAGUGGCUUCAGCGUUGGAACAAACCUCAUUUGGACUCAAUGGCUGAGGGACUUUGGAGGACCGAAAGAGAGCCAUGGGCUUUUGGGGUGUCCCUUGUGGGUCACUCUUCCUCCACCGAUGGAAGCCUCCAUGCCAUGAAUCCAGCUUUUAGUCAGAACCGAUCUAAUCUGAAGAUGCUCUCCAUGGUGCCUGACUCACCUUGAAGAGCACCUUUCAAAGGGUUGUUGUAGGUUUUUUCGGGCUAUAUG